GAGUUUGUAACAUCCGUAACAGGCGUGAUCCGGUUUGGUUCGAAUUAGUGGGCAAAGAUCAGAAAUGUUGUGAAGGACAGUUUAACUGUACAUUUCUGAUUUUGACCCAUGACGCACAUAGCACGCGUCAUUUAGUUUAUUACGCAGAGCAACAUUUACUUGCAGCCAAUCGCUGUUCUUACUGAAGCUAUGAAAGCACUAAAUUCAUUACAGACCAAUAGAGCUCUUUUAGAGGAGCUGAAAAAGGAAGCUAGAACAUCCCAUGUUACAAACAUCAAGAAAUUGCAACAAACUGUUACAUUUUUAGAAAGAUCUGGGGUAAGCCUAGAGAAGCUGGAUGAAUUGUCAGUGAUUCAUGUGUCUGGAACAAAGGGCAAGGGAUCAACGUGUGCCUUCUGCGAGUCUAUCUUGCGUCACCAUGGUUACAAGACAGGCUUUUAUUCUUCGCCACAUCUUGUUGCAGUCAGAGAGAGGAUCCGGAUAAAUGGACAACCACUAAGCCAGCAAGAAUUUUCUAGAUACUUCUGGAAAGUUUAUAAUUCAUUAAUAGAAUUAAGGAAAACAGAAAAUGACAUGCCGCCAUACUUCAGAUUCUUGACUGUGAUGGCUUUUAAUGUUUUUUUGUCUGAGAAGGUGGAUGUUGCCAUUGUAGAAGUUGGAAUUGGUGGAGAGUAUGAUUGCACAAACAUCCUUAGACAGGUUUCAACUGUUGGGAUAACAUCACUAGGCAUUGACCACACAAGUUUGCUUGGAAGCACAAUAGAAGAUAUUGCAUGGCAGAAAGCUGGGAUUAUGAAACCUGGAAGCAUUGCUUUUACAGCGGACCAACAACCAGCAGCAGCGUUAGAAGUGCUCAGACAAAGAGCAUCUGAAAAGAAAAGCACCUUGCUCAUUGCCCCACCACUGGAAUCAUAUGAUUGGAGUUCUUUCACAACACAACUGGGAACUGUAGCAAAAGUACAGUUGGUCAAUGCAUCAUUGGCAAUUCAGCUGGCAAAUGCAUGGCUCUGGCAACAUGGAAGUGGCGGACAUCCACCUGCUGAUGUAGCACUGAGAAGAGAGCAGAGUAGAGUGUCAGAAGAACAGGUACCUGUAUCACCAGUAUUUCAAGUAUCUUUUAAUAUGGCAUCGGGCCUGAAAUUUUGCACCUGGCCUGGUAGGAACCAGAUCAUCAGUGAGGGGUUGGUACAUUACUUCCUGGAUGGUGCUCACACCAGUGAAAGUCUGUGGCUGAGUAUUGACUGGUUCAUUCAGAAUUCACAUGCAAUUUCUAAAAAGAACACUCCUUAUCGUGUUCUGAUAUUCAAUUGCACUGGAGACAGAGAUCCUAAGGCACUUCUUUUACCACUGUUGGACUGUGACUUUCAGCUGGUCAUUUUCUGCCCCAACACAGUUACAACCAGUGUUGAUUCCAGCUCAGAUCAGGCCAAUUACAAGAUCAAUAUGAUACAGCAGCUAGAGAACUGCAGGAGGAUUCAGGAAGUUUGGUAUGAACUCCAAGAAGAAAAUGUAAAAAAUAAAACCAGAUUCUUCAAUGUCCUCCAUCCAAUAUACAUUCGAAAUAAUGUUCCUAAAAAUCUACUUGAUUCCUGUAAUUCAGUCAAAUCAAAAGCAGAAGUGAAACUCUUUCCAUGUGUGUCAGAAACUCUGGCUUACCUCAAAAAGAAAAAUGAAGAUGAAAGCUGUGAAUUUCACAUAUAUAUCACAGGCUCUCUCCAUCUAAUUGGAUGUGUACUAAGUGUCUUGGAUCCAGACCUAACAUUGGCCACUUCUCAGCUGUCAGAAGGCAUUGGUGUUUCAGCAACUAACGGUACAAAUAUGGUGGAAAGUUACAGCAGUUAACAAGAGCUGUGUGCAAUGUAGACUUAAGGAAGUAAGUGUAUAUUGUAUAACCAGAGCUGAAGAGUGAUUGCCAAGGAACGUAAUGAUUUUGCUAGAUUGUAAAGUAUACAAAAGGAGAGGGAAUAUGGGUGAAUCUGAUGGAUUUGUUACAUUACUUGGAUACAGUAUAUUAAAUUGUAUUUAAUAUACAGGGAGUUUCACGACUUUAGGUCAUAAUUGCAGGAGGUGAUUUCCUAGGU